AUGAAGGGUUCCACAGGGGGCGUUAGCAAAGGUGCUUUUGCUAGGAAGCUGAAGUCGGACCGUCGAUUAGCGGCAAAAAUAGUGAAACGCUACGGUGGUAAGCAUGUUGGCCAGGUAACUGAGCAGCAUGCUAACACGCUUGAGUGGGCCAAGAAGGUGCUGAGCGAGACCGAGACCGAUAGCACACAACUUGAGACAAAGAGAACUGAACCAGCGGUUAAGCGGCAAAAGUCACAUGAGGGAGAAACCUCCCUUGGUAAGAAACCGCGAACGAGGGCUGCGCCAACCUUCAGCGAAAUCGCAAAAAGUGCCGACGCAAGAGUACUUGGUGUGCUCGACCGAAGCAGGGAGGACGGUGUCAUCUUCCAUAAAGAAUGGAAGAGAGUAGCUGCGGCUAUCUCUUCAGUCUUCCUCAAGGUGUUAAAGGAAAACCCUGGGCCACCCCCAAAAUGUAUAAGUGCCGGUUGGCACCACGGGCUCCACAAGCUGACCAGAUGUGCCGAUGAAAGAUCGGCCAUUUUAUAUAAAAAAGCAGUUUCUCUGGUGGGGGAGGUCUGGAAGGGAGCCAGACUGGAGGCCGUGGACAAAGAGGAUCUUCCUCUUCGCCCUAGGGUUCGCGUCUGGCUGCCUGCCGAACCGUCCACAGAGACAGAGGGCAUCACGGAUGGUCAGACGACCAUGGAGAACGGCCCAAACGACCAAUUUUAG